AUGUCUCGAGCGGAACAAGAACAAUCUUCCACUAUCCCUCUCCCUCUGUCUGAAGUUGCUUCUCGACCACCCGUUUCUCAAGUGGAAGUAGAACCUUCGCCCAUCAAACCUCUUCUCAAUCCCCUUCAAUUCGAUGGCCCUCCGCCUUCUUCAACUAUAGUCGAACCUCCCAAAUCACCUAAUCCAUCUAAUCCAUCCACAGACGCUGUGGGAAAUGCAGUACCAGUACCGCUGAAUGGUGAUACCAAUAUCGAUGAAGCAACUCUUGCGCUCACACCUGCAGUAUUAGAGCCCGCUGUCGUUUCCCCAAUCGCUACUCCUGCACCUGUAGCUGCCGUAUCUACCCCUAUUCAACCUGAACAGCCUGUCCAAUCACCUCUUCCCCCAGAUGCAACGGUACCCCCUACUCCUCGAGCAGAAGAUGAAUCUCCUCCUAUUCUUCCUUCUGGUACGAUCCCAUCCGCUGUUCCUACUCCUAGUGUAAUCAUCACUGAAGAACAAGAGGCAAAAGGUGGAAUUUUGGGAGUAGAUCAACCUUCCCUUCCUACUCCUGCUCCUGAAGAACCCGCUCAAAUAUCCGCUCCAACAGAACUCGCUGGAGAACGAAUGGAGAUUGAUGCUCGUGUAGAAGCAGAACCAACCCCUUCUGUACUUGGACUACAAUCUAGCGUAUCUGAUGGAAGUCUGAAGCGAGCCGGAGAUGAUCUGGAAGAGGAGAGGGAUGAGAAGAGGUUGAAAGAAGCGUCUAUCUCGAGCAGCACACCUAACCCUGCGUUGGCGUCAACUCCUAUACCAGCUCAACCUGAAGGGCCUGCACCUCCUGCUCCUACACCAUCCCAGCCUGUUGAAGCACCUACAGCUCCCGUUGCUGAUGUCUCUCAGAUUGCUGGUGCUUGGCUUUCCUAUCAACCACCAGCACCACGACCUUCGGGUCCCACCACUCCUCUCACUCAACAUCAACAUAAACACCUGCUUAAUGCCGUUCGAGCUUUAAAGAAGAAAACACCCGAUGUCUAUGCUUUCCUCGCACCGGUCGACCCAGUCGCAUUGGGCAUUCCCCUUUAUCCUGAAAUCAUCGACCAUCCAAUGGAUCUUGGUACUGUCGAAACCAAACUUAUCGUUAGUGACCCAAGAGGUCCUCCAAAAGAUAAGAGCAAAGCCUCGAAGUGGGACACCAGCAAAGGCGCAUACAAGAGCUAUAGCGAAGUAGUAUCAGAUGUGCGACAGAUCUGGGAAAACACAAGGAAAUUCAAUGGGUCUACUCAUGUUGUCUCCCUUGCGGCUGACCGAUUAGAUUCUUCCUUUGAAAACUCAUUGUCAAAGAUCCCUCCAGAACCCAUUGCUCUCCCUACACCUACACCCGUUGCUCCUACCCCUCCUUCCGUCCCCACACCCAUCGCCGGCCCUUCCUCAGCUAGACGAGCUUCAGUCUCUCAACCUCCUACCAUCCGACGAAGUUCCGACGAUGCUCGACCCAAGCGAGAAAUACAUCCCCCACCUUCCAAAGAUCUCGCUUACGAGGAAAACCCUGGCUCCGCUCGAAAACCGAAGAGACGUAACGACCCUCAAUUGCAAUGGGGUAACAAGGUAGUCAAAAGUUUGGAGACCACCCAAAAAUUCUUCCCUGCCGCCAGUCCAUUCCUUUAUCCUGUCGAGAAAAUCAUAGAAGCUAUUCCAGAUUAUCAAAAAGUAAUCAAGAAACCUAUCGAUCUUCUUAUCAUCAAAGACCGAUUAGAACAAGGUGCCUACGAUGACGUAAAUCAACUUGAUAGCGAUAUGAGGUUGAUGAUUGCCAACGCUCUUAAAUUCAACCCCCCUGGAGAUGCUGUUAACACAGCUGCUACACAACUCCUACAGAUCUGGAGCGAAAAAUGGCAAACGUUACCUCCUAAACAGGAAAUCAGAGACUCGAGUGAAGAUCCAUUAGCGGAUAAUUACGAAGAACCUGGAUAUGAGAGUGAAGACGACAGCAAACAACUCAAAUCUCUUGAAUCUCAGGUCUCUAACCUGAACGAUCAAAUUGCUGAACUCCGCGCCAAGAUCGCUAAAGGCCGAGCCAACCGACCUAUCAAAGGAUCAAAACCAAAAGCUCCAAAGGCGGCCAGUACUCAACAACGAAAACAAUCCACCGCAAAGUAUUCUCCAGGUGUAAAUGGUAAUGGUCAUCCUGCUCCCAAAAAAUCAAAGAAGACGAAAGAGGUACUUGCGUACAAAGAUGAAGAUGAGGAUAUGGAGAGUGAAGAAGAGGAGCCUAGCACAAUCACCUUAACGCAAAAGCAAGAAUUGGCAGAGAAAAUUCAAUCUGCGGACGGGGACACUUUACACGCAGCUAUCGCGAUCAUUCAACAGACCACUAAUCUCGGAGCUAAUAACGAGGAAAUCGAGCUCGACAUUGAUUCACUUCCUGUUGCGACUGUUAUCAAACUUUACAACCUUGUUUGUCGAGGUGGUCGAGGUGGAGCUAAAGCCGGACGAAAAUCAGGUGGUGUAGCUAAGAAAGCGGGCAAGAAAGCUUCUGGUGGCGUGUCCAAGCGAAGUGUAAAUGAGCGUGAGGAAGCCGAAAGAAUUAGAAGAAUGGAAGCUCAAUUACAAUCAUUUGAUUCGAGAACUGUUGGUGCCGGAGCUGGUCCUGGUCAAGUCGGUGCUUCUUAUGAAGAAGGUGAAAGCAGUUCCGAAGAAGAAAGCUCGGAUGAAGAGUAG